AGGAGAAGGAAGAAGAAGAAGAAUAACAAGCAUGGCGACGGGACUGUCGGGCGGAGACAGCGCUUCGGAGGACCGCAUGGAGACCGAGUUAGAGCCCUCUGCCGCCGGCGAGGGGGCGAACAGCGAGCCCGGGCCAGCCACCUCCUCGAACGGCAGCGGCGGAGAGGAGGACGACGAGGAGGAGGGAGAGGAGGACGAGGACGAGGAGCCCGGGGAGAGAAGGUCCCGUCAUCCGCUCCAAAGCAGCGGGGAGAUGGGCGGCGAGAGCCGGGGAUGCGCCGCGGCCUCGGGCAUCGUCGUGCAGCAGCAGGGCGGGCUCGGGGAGCGCAGCGGCGGCGGGCGGGAGCAGGAGGUGUCGGUUGAAAUUGGGGAGACCUACCUUUGCAAGCGGGCGGAUAACACCUGGCUUAACAGGCGCCUGGAUGAGUGGGUCGAUAAGAACAGACUGGCUCUCACUAAGACACUGAAGGAUGCGGUGCAGAAAAACACAGACCAGUACAUGAGUGAGCUGUCCGAGCAGCCAGAGAGAAAAAUCACACGCAACCAGAAACGCAAGCACGACGAGAUCAACCAUGUGCAGAAGACAUACGCAGAGAUGGACCCUACAACAGCAGCACUGGAGAAAGAACACGAAGCGAUCACCAAGGUGAAGUACGUUGACAAGAUUCAGAUUGGGAACUUCGAGAUCGAUGCCUGGUACUUCUCUCCCUUCCCCGAGGACUACGGCAAGCAGCCGAAGCUGUGGAUCUGUGAGUACUGCCUCAAGUACAUGAAGUACGAGAAGACGUUCAGAUUCCACCUGAGUCGAUGCCAGUGGAGACAGCCUCCUGGCAAGGAAAUUUACAGAAAGAGCAACAUCUCUGUCUACGAAGUGGACGGGAGGGAUCACAAGAUCUAUUGCCAGAACCUGUGCCUGCUGGCCAAGCUGUUUCUGGAUCACAAGACUUUGUACUUUGAUGUCGAACCUUUCGUCUUCUACGUCUUGACAGAAGUGGACAGGCAAGGCGCGCAUAUCGUUGGGUACUUCUCAAAGGAGAAGGAAUCUCCAGACAGUAACAACGUUGCCUGCAUUCUCACCCUGCCCCCCUACCAGAGACGAGGCUAUGGAAAAUUCCUCAUUGCUUUCAGCUAUGAGCUGUCGAAGCUAGAGAGCGCGGUUGGUUCCCCUGAGAAACCCCUGUCUGACCUGGGCAAGCUUAGCUAUCGCAGCUACUGGUCCUGGGUGCUGUUGGAGAUCCUGCGUGAUUUCCGGGGAACGCUGUCCAUCCGGGACCUCAGUCAGAUGACUAGUAUCACUCAGAAUGACAUCAUCAGCACACUGCAGUCCCUCAACAUGGUGAAGUACUGGAAAGGGCAGCAUGUGAUCUGUGUGACCCCCAAACUAGUGGAAGAACACCUCAAGAGCGCUCAAUACAAGAAGCCCCCCAUCACUGUGGAUUCGAUCUGCCUGAAGUGGGCACCACCAAAACACAAGCAAGCAAAAUUCUCCAAGAAAUAAAACGAUCAAGAAAGCGAACGAACGAAUAAAUAUGACAACGGAUGAGUGAAGACAUUCUUUUGCUGUCAGAGUGGAGGAAGACAUCCCAGGACAGUAGGGGUCACUAGAGGGCGCUGUGGGGCCACAGAAGUGAGAGAACGAGAGAGAGAGAGAUGUAGCACGGACUCUGUCUCUUGCACACUAGCAGAGUUGCACAAAUUGGUUAUCAGGACUGAGCGCUCCGCAGGAGUCCGGUUCUGGCGACUGGGCGAGGGCGGCUGGCGUCGAUCGGGGCUGAUUUCACCCUUCAGAGUGAAUUAAGAAGCAGCUGCUCGGGUUUGUGACGAUCGCUGCUUUUUCUUCAGA